GAUCGAGCUGAAAUAAAUUAAUAUUCAAUCCUGCAUCGAAAUAAGCCGCUUUUAUUACCAUAAUUCUUAGAGUGUUCUAUUGUGGUUUUACCCAGAUACGGUUACAAUACGCAUACGUUUUUACCCCGUCGCGACUCGGUGAGAAUUUCAAUUCCCAAGAAUUCUCCAUAUAAAUACAACCUGCAUCUCUGAACUCACAUAUCAGUCUUCUCUGGCACUCCGAGUGGUCAGAAGCUCGCAGCAUCCCCGGAUCCUAGAAAGAUACACGUCGGCAAAAUUUUCUCAACCCGUUACGAGCCGCGAUGUUUCGAAAAAUAGUCGUCAUUCUAUUCCUAGUUUCCUCGACUUUGGGCUGUCUGAUAAUCAACUGCCCGCGAGGCGGAAAAAGAGACGGAGGAUUCAAUCCGUUUAAAUAUCAGGUCAGAGAGUGCUCCGCCUGCGGACCCGACAGGCAAGGACAAUGUUUCGGGCCGAAGAUUUGCUGCGGUCCUUCGAUUGGAUGUUUCUUCGGUACCGCCGAGACUCAUAAAUGUCGGAAAGAAAGUCUUUAUUCGAGACCAUGCACAGCUGGGUUUGCAAUGUGCAGAGGAAAUACCGGCCGAUGCGCAGCUAAUGGAAUUUGCUGCUCGCAAGAGUCAUGUUACGUGGAUCCAAAUUGCAAAGUCAGAAGUGAUAUAAUCCAAAUGAGUAAACAGGUUACAAGCUUUGACAUGGACAAGAUUUACUCUGAGAGCAAUUCUCUUAACGACGAAUAAUGCGACUAUAAUUAAGUUUGCGACCAUGAAAUCCUUUUAUUUGCUUCUUUGGGCUUAAGUCAAUUCAGUAGAAAGAUUUUUGAUAAAGCGAGUGUGUCUUGUUUGUUAGUGUACUCGAAAUAAAAAACUACUACUAAGAACCAUUUGUUCCGUCAGCUGUGGAGAAUUAGCCGAACGAAAGUUUUCCGUGACCCUUUUCCUUCCGGAAGCGAAUAAGCAAGACACACCCGAUAUCGAGAAUCAAGCUUUUUCGUUGUUUGUAAUUAGACGCCUGAUUCGAUGCAAUACGCACUCGAAAUGUGUGUGAAAAAUAGCGAAAAGGAAACAUGUAAGUGAAAAAAUAAAUUACAGUUCACAAAAUAAUUAAACGUUGAAUAU